AUGGCCACCACUGUGACCCCCGAAGUGACGUGGGCCCAGCGCUCGUCCGAGUCGGAGCCUGAGCGCAACUAUCUCUACGUGAACCUCAAGACCCCCGAUGUCCCCAAGGACGCUGCCAAGCUCAGCCUUACUCCCACCAAUGUUUCUUUCACUGGCCCAUCCGGCAAGGGCGUAACAUAUAACGUCUCCCUCGACCUCUUCGGCGAGAUUGACCCCGAGAACAGCAAGGUCAACCACACCGACCGUGAGGUUGAGCUGGUCCUGCGCAAGAAGGAGCUCAAGAUUGAGUACUGGCCUCGCCUGCUGAAGGAUUCCAAGAAGGUGCACUUCCUGAAGACCGACUUUGACAAGUGGGUGGAUGAGGACGAGCAGGACGAGGCUGCCGACGAUGACUAUGCCAACAACUUCGGCGGCUUCGGCGGCGGCGAUGAGGGUGGUCUGAGCAACAUCGACUUCUCCAAGCUCGGUGGCAUGGGCGGUGCCGGUGGCAUGCCCGAUCUCAGCGCCCUGGCCGGUGGUAUGGGUGACGAGGGUGACGAGGGCGAGGACGAUGAGGACCUCCCCGAGCUUGAGGAGGUCGAGGAGGCCAAGUCUAAGAUCCAGGAGGUCAACUAA